AUGCUGAGAAAACCGCCGUCUCAUGAGACCAACGCGCCUCGGAGGGAGGUGUAUGUCGACGACGCCGAUGAGGGCGACGAUAAUAUUCCUCGUACAGCUAGCCCACAAAAAUUAUCAACUACACGGAAACAGCCGCAAAAGCCUAGGCGUCGACCAGCGCCAACGUCCCCCAAAAAUCCAUUCAGCUCUCAUUUAGAUUCUCUCUUUCCUGGUCUUGCAUUCCCUCCUGAGCUGGCGCAGCGGAUACUUACGCACGCGAGUCAUCCUGCCGCUGCGCAAGGACACAAUGGCGGGCUCAGUUUCAUCGGCCGACGUACACUCGAGACAUAUCUUCUUCUCCUUCUCAGUACUUCGCCUGAGUUGCACCCAUCAGAUGACUUGGAAGUAAUCGUUGCACGGACGCUGAAUACAUAUCUAUUGGGAGAGCACGUCGGGCGGGAAUGGGGAGUAGGGAGUAUCAUGCGAUGGGUUCCUGCUGUGCCAAAAUUUGGAUCUGUGGAAGGCCCAAGCUCUAGUCUUGGGCUCUGGAAGGUGCAAGGUGACACCGUCAGUGCUGUGGUUGGUGGUGUUUUCAGGCAGUUUGGCGCAUCGACGGCACAUCGUGUAUUCCACACACGACUGCUACCUCAUCUGCUGAUUGAUGAGCAAGUGGGGCUGCCAAUGCGGUUCCACGGCGAUGCUAAGGCAGCGUGCAAUCGGAUGGGUGGGAUGCAGGGCCCCCUGGUAGCUGGCCAGUUGAACGACAGGGUUGUCGCUGAAGAGCUGAGUGGCCUAGAAACAACGACAGGGAGGAAGGCGACUAAGCUAACGUGA